AUGGGCGACAUCGAGGCGAAUGAGAAAGAGAUCCAAAUAUGGAAGAUGCGAAAGCUCAUCAAGAAGCUCGAGGAUGCGCGAGGAAACGGGACUUCGAUGAUUUCGCUCGUGAUCCCGCCGAAGGGGCAGAUCAACUUGGUAAAUAAGAUGUUGGUGGAAGAGAUGGGCACGGCGACGAACAUUAAGUCUCGGGUGAACCGACAGUCCGUGCUGGAUGCCAUCGGUUCGGCGCAGCAGCGGUUGAAGCUGUACACGAAGGUGCCGCCGAAUGGUUUAGUGGUGUAUUGCGGGGCGGUGCUCACGGAAUCGGGCAAGGAACGACAGAUGAGGAUCGAUUUCGAACCCUUCAAACCGAUCAAUACGUCGCUUUAUAUGUGCGAUAACAAGUUCCAUACCUCGGCGUUGAGCGAUUUAUUGCAAAACGACCAAAAAUACGGUUUCGUCGUCAUGGACGGUAACGGAACACUCUUUGGAACGGUGUGCGGUAACCAUCGCGAAAUUUUACAAAAGAUUAGCGUUGAUUUGCCAAAGAAACACGGUAGAGGUGGUCAGUCCGCGCUUCGUUUCGCGCGCUUGCGUUUGGAAAAGCGUCAAAACUACCUAACCAAGGUCGCUGAGCUCACGACGCAGCACUUCAUCACGAACGACAGGCCCAACGUCGCGGGCCUUGUGCUCGCCGGUUCGGCGGAUUUCAAAAACAAGCUCUCCGAGGCUGAUUGCUUCGAUCAACGCUUGCAGGAUGUAGUCCUCGCCGUGGUUGAUGUGUCUUACGGGGGCGAGAACGGCUUUAAUCAAGCCAUUGAGCUCUCUGCGGACACCCUUUCGUCGCUUAAGUUUAUUCAAGAGAAGAAAUUGGUGGGUAAGUUCUUCGACGAAAUCGCGCAGGACACUGGCAAGUACGUGUUCGGCAUCAACGACACCCUAACGUGCUUGGAGAUGGGUGCGGUGGAAACAUUGGUCUGUUGGGAAGACCUCGCUAUUCAGCGCGUGUCUCUCAAGAACAGUCAGACGGAAGAGGAGCACAUCAAGUACCUUCGUCCAGAGGAAAUCGCCGCCGACGGGAACGAUCACGUACGCGAUGCCGACGGCAACGACUUGGAAGUUGUCGACACAGUCCCAUUAUUGGAAUGGAUCGCUGAGGAGUACAAAAAAUUUGGCUGUGUUUUGGAGAUAAUCUCUGAUAAGUCUCAGGAGGGCAACCAGUUCUGCCGAGGCUUCGGGGGCGUCGGUGGUUUAUUGCGUUACCAAGUUGACCUCGCCGCUUUUGAGGUCGCCGCCGACGCCGACUCCGACGCUUGGGACUCCGACGACUCCGAAUGUUUCAUCUAA